UGGUUCAUUUCGGCGGCUAACUGAGACCCCGUUGCGCAAAGUGCGGAUCUAUCCUGCCUGGAGGCAUUGAUUAGGCAAGACACAAGACGCUACAAGGCUAUCAAUGAUAUUCCGCUGGCGUAUGCUUACUCACCGUCUACUCAAUUUAUUGAUAUCCCAUCUGAGUUGCGAUACUUCACCACCUCUCACCUCUCAGCUACCAACUCUCCCAACCGCCGAAUUCAAUCGCCUAUAAUAUGGUUUCCACGCCUUCCACCUUGUACUAUACCGCGGCUAUCAUUAACCUCGUCACGACCCCCAAGCAUUUCCUUGUUGGCAAAGGUCUCAUCUCAAAGUCCACCGCGGCUAUACCUGCUUCUCCAGAGCUGGCAAAGGGAUAAUUUAUAAUCAAGCCCACAUGUGGUUAUGAUAUAGGGUCACUCUUCCUCAUCGGUAUGUCGAGUAGAAGCGUAGAAGACUCCAUCUGUAUUGUUGCCCAGAAUGCGACUGACCUCGGCGGUGUACAGCAACCUCAACUACAAGUGGGGUAAGAACGGCGGCCCUAAGAGCUUCUGGGGUAAAGUAACUUUGUGGACGGUUACUGUGGCCGGGAGUCUGGUUGGGUUCAAGUAUUACAAAGCUCAGAUGUAUGCCGGCUUGGGUUGCCUCUGGGUUGUACCUUGGAUGAGCUCUCAGUCUUUGCUGUUGUCCGGUCUUUUGUAAUAGUCGACCCUUCGAAGCAGUACCAGAAUUUUUGGUCCAUAACGCGCAUUAUGGUAGCUCUCGUACAAAGGUGUG